AUAUAUAGAACAUCAGAAAGAGAAUUAAAAAUGAAUUAUUACACUCUAACAGCAGAAAUGGAGGAAGAAAGUGACUCUGACGACCCAAGUUGGCUUCUUACAACAUCAGAAAAUACAAAAAACAAAGUACAACAAGAAAAUUAUGUACAGGCUAGUGCUGUUCAUGGACAAAUAAAUACUGUACAAGAGAGCACUUCUGUACACAAGCCCACUGAAUCAAAAUUAUUAGAAGAUGCUGUUAGAAAUUACAUUUCUCCUCAAACCUACCAAGAUCUUCUAAACUCCGCAGCAAGAAAUCCUCCAAAAUGUUCCGACCAAAAUCCACCAAAAUAUUCCGACAAAACUCCUCAAAAUUUGUCCAGAAACACCUUACAACACUCUGAUCCUGAAACUCCAGUUGUCCUUAGGAAUAGACCAAGAAGGAAGACGACUUCUAACUCCGGUGGUCGAAGAGCGAGUCAACGGUUUAGUCGUCUUCUCGAGGGAGUGGCAAGCUAUGUAAUUGGAUCCAACUCUACCGAACCAAUCCAUCAACAACAAAUCAUCCACUCUAAUGGAUCUCAAUCCAUUCAUAAUAGAUUAUCAGAGGCGGAAACAAAACAAUCAAGUAUUUCUUUCCUACCAUAUAUCUUUGAAUCAAAAAAUCCCCAAAGAACUCGGGAAAAUCCACAAAAUGGCCACCGUCAAAAUGGCGCCGGACAAGAUGAUGAAUUUGACUCAGUUCCAUGUUGGGAUCCACAUUUCACAGAUGGAAGUAGAAACUUAAAAACUGAGAAUCUUGAAGUCAAAUUUAGAAAACAUAGUCAACAACUCCUCAAUACCGGUUCUAAGGAUUUAUUGGACCACCGGGCUGGGGCUAAGGAAGUAUCAGACCGUCGGGUUGGAGCUAAUGAAGUACAACACCGCCGGACUGGAGCUAAGGAUGCAUUAGACCGCCGGCAAAGUGUACCGUAUUGGGUUGAAGCAAAUAUCCAAGAACUUCACUCCAAAGAAUCAUUGUUUAACAGUUCUCAUCGAACUGACGAGAUUUCGGAGCGAAUUAAUGAAAUUUUUGCUUCCUUUGGUCUUGAUGAAACCAAGGAACAUUGCUUACAAAAGAAUCCGCCAGAAAGUAGAGAAGAAAAGGGAUAUUUCCAACGACGGAAGAAUGUAGUUUCAGGAUAUUUUUUUGAUCUAGCAAAUAAUUUUGGGUGAGCUACGAAACAUCACAAACUCUAUUGCUACUGGGUCUGUAUAAUAGAAUUAUAAUAGAUAGAGUAUUGGUGUACUUGAGUACAAGCUUAAUCAGUUAAAUGUUAAAGACUUUAAAACAUUUCUCACACUAGAAGCGCUAAUAUCUGCUUGUAAACAUGUAGUUUGUGUUGUAUCAGCUGAAGCCGUGUAAAAGAAAGCAAACAGAAUCCUGUUUUCUCUCAGCUUUCUACAGAGCCAGUGACCCCUACGGCGGAAUAUUAACUAAAAUACAGUAUGAU